GGUCUGUUUUGUGAAAACAAGCCUCGUACGCUAGGCCACACUCACCUUAGAAAGAAUUCAUUCACUUGUUGAUCAUUCUCUCUCCCACUUUGAUUAAACAAAUACUCCACCAUUGUUUGUAUCUUCCAAGCUCAUCCAUCUAAAUUUACACAUUCUCUACUUAACGCUUUUGUGUAUUGAUUGCAUCGAUGAAUGCGUCAAACUUCAUGGACAAACAGAUUAUGGACUUAUCUCGAUCAAAGAACACUGACCUCAACAACAAUGAUACCAAUUCCCACGAUUUCGUAGAUCUGAUGAAUCCACAAUCUGAAGAAGAGGGUACCAAUGAUAUUCGACCAUCUUCGUUGAACAAUACCAAUGAUGAGAUUUUACCCAACUACGAUUUCCAGCCAAUUCAUCGCCCUGCCGUCGCUGAUCCUCCGCCUGUUACCGCUUCUAGCAUUAAGUCUUGGAAUUCCCUCGAUUCUAAGUCCAAUUCUACCCCUCUUAGAAGCUACAAUUCCGUGGAUCAUGUUGAACCUGACAGAAUGAUUUUUGAGAAAUCUCAGAAAGUAACUGAUUCAGCAAUUGUAUCUGAGAUUGAUCGAACAAUGAAAAGAUAUAUAGACAGUGUCCUGAAUGCCAUUGAUGGUCUAAGUGCGCGGCUGUCCCAGCUGGAGAGUAGAACACGCCAUCUCGAACACUCUGUUGAUGAGUUGAAGAUAUCAGUUGGCAAUAGUCAUGGGAGCACUGAUGGGAAAAUGAGACAACUGGAAAACAUUCUUUUAGAGGUGCAAAAUGGUGUGCAUGAUUUGAAGGACAAACAAGAAGUCAUGGAAGGUCAUAUGCAGUUAGCAAAAAUGCAAAUUUCUAAGGCAGAGCAGUCACCUGAACUUCCGAAGGCCUUCCAUCCAGAUCCUGUGCAGCAAAUAGCAGCCUCUGCUCCUCCUCAGCAAUCUGGUCUCCCACAAUUUUCUGCUGCGGCUCCUCAGCAAGCUCCUCUCCCUUCUAAUGUUCCUCCACCAUCUCAGCAGCACAGUCAUCCUCCCCCUGGGACCACUCAAUUUCCUUCAGGCCACAUUCCACCAGGUCACAUCCCGCCUGGGCCUCAGCAAGAUUCCUAUUUCUCACCACCUAGCCAGACUCAAGAAGCACCAAGCCAACAAUAUCAAAUGCCGCCUCCAGCUCAGCACCAGCAACAGUCCCUUGCUCUUGCUCCACCGCCUCAACAAUAUCAAUCAACCCUUACCCCACCUUAUCCCCAGCCUCCUCAACAACAGCAUUCUACUGGUGUGGGUGCUAGCACUCCUCACAUUUCACCUCCAUUGGGACAUCUUCUAGAGGAUAGUCCAUUUGUUCCAUCACAGACUUACCCACCGAAUCUCCAUCAGUCCGCAUCCCAACCAAGCAGUACACCACCUCACUCCCAGCCAUACUAUGGAAGCCCUACUUCUAUGUAUGAGCCACCACCAACUGGCAGAUCCAAUUCUGGUAUUUCAUCUGCUUAUGUCCCACCAUCAGGGCCUGGUGAACAGUACCCUUAUGGUGGACCUGCUUCACAUUAUAGCAGUGGCUCAUCCAUUAAAGCACAACCACAUUCCCCCGUUGGGAGUGGCAGCAAUUAUCCUCAGCUUCCCACUGCUAAAAUUUUACCACAACCUAUUCCUACUGCUGCUGGGCUUGGUGGUGGAUCAAAUUCUGGAGGAAGUGGUAACAGAGUUCCCAUUGAUGAUGUUGUCGAUAAGGUGACAAGUAUGGGCUUUCCCAAGGACCUUGUUAGGGCAACAGUUCGCAAACUUACAGAAAAUGGCCAGUCAGUUGACCUAAAUGUUGUGUUAGACAAGUUAAUGAAUGAUGGAGAAAUACAGCAGAGGGCCUGGUUUGGCCGGUGACCUGGUAAUGUUUGGAUGAUCCCUUUGUAUAGACGGGUUUGAUGAACAUUUUUCUGUUGCCUAGUUAAGUGUUUAUUUUGUUAAUGUUCUUUAAUUUUGUUUGUCAUAUUAAUGGAUUUAAUUCAUUGCUGCUGUUUGAUUUUAUAAGCUUUCAUAAGCUAACGAGGGCAAAAACUUCUCUUUUCAUAUUGAUUAUAAUUAUGGUCCCAUUAGUGUGCUAUUGUGUA